UAGGCGGCCGCCUCCUGUCCCACCCCGACCCUCCCCUCCUCUCAGCUCCCUUGUCUUCGGGCCUUUGGCCAGCUACCAGCAGGUGGGCAGAUGUCUCAGCGCGUUCCUGCGGACGCUCAGGAGGGCGAGUGCGCCAGAGUCAGCAGCCUAGGUCCUGUCUAGCUGCGGCCAGAGAGCAGCGCGAGCGGGAAGAAAGGACGCGCCCUAGAAUGUGAGACUUCCACCGUGAAAGGCUAACUGGGUUCGCUCUGGGGCGGCGGACCUGACAGCCUCUGCCACCUCUGCAGACCCUGCUGCCAGCCCCAGGUUGUUCCUGUAGUGAGAGUCAGAGGUGUUGGGCGAGAUCAGCAACGAUUCCUGCAUCUCUCCUAGUCAACGACAAGGGACACUGCGACUAAGCUUCAGGCACCCUUGAGACGCCCCUCCGUGCUCUAGACAGCCCGCGCCGCAGUGGCUCUGGAAGCCCCUGCAGGGUGCCCCCUCAACUCCGGUUCAGCAGCCUGCGUGGGAGAAGCCUGGAAGGGCGGAGUGAACAGUCUGAGACCACGGAAGAGAGAGGGGACGUCCUGGCCCAGGCCCUUCCCCACGCGGGGUGCCCGGGGUCGCCGGGCCUAGGGGCUAUGGCAGACAGUAGCAGCUCCACCAGUAGCUCCAGUCCCUGGUGGAAAUCACUGACCAGGAAGAAAAGCAAGGAAGUCACGGUGGGGGUGCAGCCUCAGGUUCGCCCAGAGAUUGGCCAGGAUCCCUCACCGUCUUACUCAGAUCGGACUAGCAGCUCGCAAGAAAACCAGCACUCCAAUGUCCUUGAGGACACUGGAGAGCCCCUCAGAUCAGAUAAGUUGUGUGAGGAGAAAUCAGGCAACAGCCGGCGCAAUUUGAAGAUCUCACGCUCUGGCAGAUUUAAGGAGAGGAGGAAAAUGCGUGCCACACUGCUCCCUGAAGGAGACAGGUCCCCCGAGGAGGCUGACUUUCCAGAUGACCCCCAGGAGGACAAGCAGUAGCCCGAGCAAGCUUCCAGGAUUCUCUCUCUCUGCAGAGAAACACUUUACCCCUAGACCUAGUACUUGGUGCCUCACCCAAGUUCAGAAUAUGCAGUUGACCAAGGCCUUGGAGAUUUAAUAUUUUCUAGAAAGUGAAGUGUCAGCUGAGUCCUCAAUGCUCCAGGACUCAGAGACGGAGUAAGUAUUUUUUGUGUGUGUGGGAAGGAUAGUUGUUUACUGUUGAGGAAGUCGGCUUUUACAAAAGUUAUUCUGAGGUGUUGCUGUCGUUUCUGUCACCUGUGGGAGUGACGAGGCUGGAUGGGUAUUUCAGAGGCAGUCAGUAGGUGACCCCUCCUCUCCAGCUUCUCAAAGGAGGAAGCCAUGCUCUUACUGAGGACUCUGGAGAGCAAAUGGAAGCACUGUUUUUAAUGUCUGAGAAAUGCACUUUAGGGUACUACCCUAGACUUAUUCCUACAUGAAGGGACGAGAGGACCCUCCCAGGUAGAAGCAUUGAGAAGUAAUAUUGCUUUAAGUGAGGACUCCCGAGCUGUAUACCUGUUUAGUGUGCACUAUUAAAAUUGUUGAACUGUAAGACUUAA